UGGGGGAGGUGCUCGGGGCUGCUGAGGGCGGAGGGCGGUGGCAGCGCUGGCGCUGGGGACCGGCUCUGUGGUUUCGGGAAGCAGAUCGGCGACGGCUGCCGCUCGCGUAGCUCCGCAUCCCGCCCUCGGCACGGCUCUCAGCCUCCUUGCCACCGGCGUCCGGCAAUGUGUCCCACCGGCCGGGCGUAGCCGCUGCGCGUGCGCGGAACCGUGGGGCCAUGAGCGAAGCCGGCGGCGGCCGGGGCUGUGGGUCCUCGGUCCCCCAGCGAGCGCCAUGGAGCCUGGUGGCGGCGACGGCUGCGUUCUGCCUGGUGUCGGCCACGUCCGUGUGGACGGCGGGGGCCGCGCCCAUGAGUAGGGAGGAGAGACAGAAGCUUGGGAAUCAAGUACUGGAAAUGUUUGAUCAUGCUUAUGGUAACUAUAUGGAACAUGCUUACCCAGCUGAUGAACUCAUGCCUUUAACCUGUAGAGGUCGCGUUAGAGGCCAGGAGCCAAGUCGGGGUGAUGUUGAUGAUGCCUUGGGGAAAUUUUCCCUGACACUGAUUGAUUCUUUGGACACUCUUGUGGUAUUAAAUAAAACUAAAGAAUUUGAAGAUGCGGUGAGAAAAGUUUUAAGAGAUGUUAAUUUAGAUAAUGAUGUAGUUGUAUCAGUCUUUGAAACAAACAUCAGAGUUCUUGGGGGUCUUUUGGGUGGACACUCAUUGGCAAUCAUGCUGAAAGAAAAAGGGGAGUACAUGCAGUGGUACAAUGAUGAACUUCUCCAAAUGGCCAAGCAAUUGGGUUACAAACUUUUACCAGCUUUCAAUACUACCAGUGGCCUUCCUUAUCCAAGAAUUAAUUUAAAGUUUGGUAUCAGAAAACCAGAAGCUCGGACUGGAACUGAGACAGAUACCUGUACAGCUUGUGCAGGUACCUUGAUCCUUGAGUUUGCAGCUUUAAGUCGAUUCACAGGAGCAACAAUAUUUGAGGAAUACGCAAGAAAAGCUCUUGAUUUUCUCUGGGAAAAAAGACAACGAAGUAGUAAUUUAGUGGGUGUGACUAUAAAUAUUCAUACUGGAGAUUGGGUAAGAAAAGAUAGUGGAGUUGGAGCAGGGAUUGAUUCAUAUUAUGAAUAUCUAUUGAAAGCCUAUGUCUUGCUUGGAGAUGACAGUUUUCUGGAAAGAUUUAAUACACACUAUGAUGCCAUAAUGAGGUACAUUAGCCAGCCACCUCUUCUGCUUGAUGUACACAUCCACAAGCCAAUGCUGAAUGCUCGAACUUGGAUGGAUGCUUUGCUUGCCUUUUUUCCAGGUUUGCAGGUCUUAAAGGGGGAUAUUAGACCUGCUAUUGAAACUCAUGAAAUGUUAUAUCAGGUGAUAAAAAAACAUAAUUUCCUACCAGAGGCAUUUACCACAGAUUUCAGGGUACAUUGGGCUCAACAUCCUUUAAGACCAGAAUUUGCAGAAAGUACCUACUUCUUGUAUAAAGCUACAGGAGAUCCUUACUACCUUGAAGUAGGGAAAACACUUAUUGAAAAUUUAAAUAAAUAUGCUAGAGUGCCUUGCGGAUUUGCUGCCAUGAAGGAUGUUCGUACUGGAAGUCAUGAGGACAGGAUGGAUUCUUUCUUCUUGGCUGAGAUGUUUAAGUAUCUUUACCUGUUAUUUGCUGAUAAAGAAGACAUUAUUUUUGAUAUAGAAGAUUACAUCUUUACAACAGAAGCUCAUCUGUUACCUCUUUGGCUCUCUACUACAAAUCAAAGUAUCUCUAAGAAGAAUACAACUUCAGAAUAUACAGAACUGGAUGACAGUAAUUUUGACUGGACUUGUCCAAACACUCAGAUUCUCUUUCCUAAUGACCCACUGUAUGCUCAGAGUAUUCGUGAACCCUUGAAAAAUGUGGUGGAUAAGAGCUGUCCUAGAGGCAUCAUCAGAGUCAGAGAGGAGAGUUUCAGGAGUGGAGCUAAACCCCCUCUGAGAGCCAGAGAUUUCAUGGCCACUAACCCUGAACAUUUAGAAAUCUUGAAGAAGAUGGGGGUGAGUUUGAUUCACCUCAAAGAUGGGAGAGUCCAGUUGGUUCAACAUGCAAUCCAAGCUGCUAGUUCAAUUGAUGCUGAAGAUGGGUUGAGGUUCAUGCAGGAGAUGAUUGAAUUGUCAAGUCAGCAACAGAAAGAACAGCAGCUUCCUCCACGGGCUGUACAAAUUGUUUCCCACCCAUUUUUUGGCAGGGUAGUGUUAACUGCUGGACCAGCUCAGUUUGGGCUAGAUCUGUCUAAACAUAAAGAGACAAGAGGAUUUGUUGCAAGCAGUAAACCAUACAACGGUUGUUCAGAGCUUACUAACCCCGAGGCAGUGAUGGGAAAAAUCGCUUUGAUACAAAGAGGACAGUGCAUGUUUGCAGAAAAGGCUCGCAACAUUCAGAAUGCUGGUGCCAUUGGUGGCAUUGUUAUUGAUGACAAUGAGGGGAGCAGCAGUGAUACUGCCCCUCUGUUCCAGAUGGCGGGUGAUGGAAAAGACACAGAUGACAUCAAGAUCCCCAUGCUGUUCUUGUUCAGUAAAGAAGGAAGUAUCAUACUGGAUGCCAUCCGGGAGUAUGAGGAGGUGGAAGUGCUUCUUUCUGACAAAGCAAAAGAUAGAGAUCCUGAAAUGGAAAGUGAAGAACAACCAUCCUCUGAAAACGAUUCUCAGGAUCAGAGUGCUGAAGAGAUUAUGCCAAGUUCUCAGGAGGUUGGUUUGGUUGAUCAAGAGUCUCCUGAGGAAAGUUCUCUAAACUCAGAACCAGAAUCAUCAUCUCCAGCAGAUACGGACAAUGCUGCAAGCGUUUCUGCUUCUGAACAGAAUUCUAACCCCAUGGAGAACCAUGAGACUACAAGUCUUGAUGGUGAAUGUACAGAUUUAGAUAACCAACUCCAGGAACAAUCAGAAACUGAGGAAGAUUCCAAUCCUAAUGUUAGCUGGGGUAAAAAGGUCCAGCCUAUAGACUCCAUAUUAGCAGACUGGAAUGAAGAUAUAGAAGCAUUUGAAAUGAUGGAGAAAGAUGAACUAUGACUCACUAAAGAAUCUGGUGGUAGGUAUUUAAAAAGAAAAGGCAAACUGUGGUUCACAGACACCCUGAUACUAAGCAGGCUCUCUAGUGGGAGUCUUUAAGUAUGGUGAUGAGUAACCACGUUCUGACUGAGAUAGUGGUCAUAGGAAUCUGGAGCAUGCUGUGUUAGAACUGACCUUGCUUAAAACCGUCCCAUCCAAAAUGGAAACUCACAGUCCCUCCCCCACCCUGACUCCCACCCUGUGACAGCAUCACACCACCCUGCAGCACCUCAGGCCAGGAAAAGAUUGCUGGGCAUUCCUAGGAGCCAGACUUCUGUGCAGUCUCUGGAUAGACAAGAAACAAAUUCAGUUGAUGGUGGAGUGGAGAAUAGGAAUUUGUUAGUUUUCUAGUUAAGGAAAGCUUGACUUUCCUCGUUUUGGGGGUUAGAGGCUCUUUUGGGAAAAUACAUAGGAUAUUGUGGGCAUUCUGGUUUUGCUGCCUUCACAAAAACACUCAAAGUGACCCAAGUGGUUAUGAAGCAGAUGCGUUUAUGAUGAAAAUGGGCUUUGCUCAUCACUUCCACUUGCUUCAUCGUGAAACAAAUGAUCAAGAUGACUUGAUUUUUUUCCUCUCUUAACAGUGUCCUUUUCGUUUAAACCAAAGGUGAACCCAGUGUACUUUCUCAGUGAGUUCUCUGCAUAAAGGUUAAUCAUUGGGACCAGGUAAAAAGGUCAUAUAAUAUAUUAUGGAAAUUGGUUACUUAAUACUUAGGAAAAAUGGAACAAGGGAGAAACUAUAAUGUAAUAUGAACUUGCCAUUGGGCCUUCCGUAGGGAGAGCCAUGACUACUCUGAAAUGGAACUUAAAGUUCUAUCCUUGUCGGGUAAAUUAUAAAUCUUUUCCUGUUCAUUUCUCUUAGAGGUGAUUACCUCUAGCCAUCAGCCUUACUCCAUCCCAUGUUUAGUAUGCAAUUUGAGCCACAAGGGCCAUACCGCCAAUAGCUGAAUACAUUUUGUUCCAUUUUUCUAUUUUAGGGAGCCAUAAUGAAACUGUGGUAGUGAUCUAAAAAUCCUAGGGAAACUACUAUUUCUACAAAGAAGAAAAACUAUUUUUCUUCUUUGAAACUAUGGUUUCUAAAGAUGCACCUAAGGAAUCUGUCACAUUUUCUGUUUGAAUCAUGGUUUUUGAGUUUUUUUUUUUUUUACUUUUUUUUUUUUAACAGAUAUUCCUUUUGAUAUGGACUUGAAAAGUAAUCUAUGAUAACCUGUGUAAGAAACAUACACAGUGGCAACUAACAUAUAGCCAUAUAGCUUAAUGAGAAUUUAUUCCCCCCCCCCGCCUUUUUUUUUUUUUUUUGGUGGCAGUCUGGUGCUGGCCGCAUUUAAGUUUUAAAAUCUGUUGUUGAUACCCUGUAGACAGCCCUGUAGUUGAAAUCAUGGUUUUAUUCAUUUUAUUUAUUUUUUUUUAAACUUACUAAAUCAGUUCUAAAGGAGUAUUUGUGAGACUUAAUUUUCUUUCUCUUUACCGUGACAUUACAUAAUAAUCUUUUCUUAAAACACAGUUUUGAGGUACUGAUGAACUUAAACUGUAUAGGGAGCUGUUAAAAGGAGAGCAGUGCUGUAUUGUAGUUAUGUAUAUUCGUGUACAGUAUGUCUUAGAUCCCAAGUAAACAUAAUCUUUUCUAAGGGGAUAAAUAGCUGCUUUCAAAAAUUCCAACUAAAUAUAAUUGGGUCAAUGAAUAAUAAAACUAAUAGAGAAUUCACGUUUUAGGGGGAGGGCGGGGAAGAGUAGUAGUAUAAGACCUUUACUGGCCCUUAACUAAACCUGACACUAAAAUGGAUAUUUUAGUCUUUCUGCAUGUGAAAUUUGGUGUAAGAAGAUAGAACUAUAAUACAUACAGUAUACGGAAGGAUAGACUUAGUGCUUUGUUCAUAUUAAUUGCAAAGCUGCCAAAAUAGCUGAAGCUUAAUUACUUGACUUGCCUUGAUUUAUAGGACUGGGGCUUGGAGAAAAGGAGCAGAUGUUCCUCUAAGACUUUGAUUACAGAAGCCUUAUAUACAUUGAUUUGAUUUUGUAUUUGUAGCUCAGAGCCACUGUUGUCUAAAUUCAACUUUUCUAAGUUAACAAAACAACAUGGUUUUUUUUUCCCCCCAGCAAAGAUCUCAAGGUAUACAAGAGCCCCCUUAUUACUUUCUCUGCCAUUGGCCAUUAGGGGGAGUUGUUGCCAUUCAUUGAAGUCUAGAAGCAGAUUGUUCGCUUUUUUUAUAAAAGUGAAUCCUUUAAAAAAAAUAAAUAAAUAACAAGUUACACUUAACACCCAGAAGGAAUCAUAUUUGAUUUUUCCCUAUUUGAGAAGGUGUAAUGUUCAGCUUCAGAACUCCCAACAUUAUCAUUAACAACACAUUCUUAUUUGACGUACUGCCAUGAAGUUGUUUUUUGAGUUCAUUAAAAAAUUCCAACAGCAUUAGGUGUUUUUUUUUUUUAAUGUUUUGUUUUUUAAAUACCUUUGAUAGAUGUUUUAUUUACUUCCUAAAUAUUCAGGGGAUUCUAUGAGACCCUGAAUUUUAGAAACAUCUGGUCUACCUCAGUUAAAUGUUGACUGCAUAGAAACAGAGCUGAAGUGAUCACCACAGCCAUAAAAUUGUUGGACUAAGAAGGAUUUAUACAAUGUUUACAAACCUGCAAUCAAGUAAGGAUUUUAUCUGAAAGUGAAAAGUUAGAUAUUAGAGCAAGUAUUUAAUUCAGGUAUUUUCAAGUUUUAAAACUUAGCUUGUUUACCUAACUAAAAAAUAGCUGUAGCUUUUUCUGCUUAUGAAAGUCUAUUAAAAUGAUACACCCUAAUUUGCAAUAAUUUUCCCAUAAAGUAGUUGUGACAGAAUUGUAAUUUACUGGAUAUGUUUAGGAUGGGAUAUUUUGUUGGGUAGGUUUUGUUUUUUUUCUUUUUAACCUUUAAUAGGCUUCCAACAAGAAUAUAACUGUUGUUUCAGAACAAAUUGUUUUUUGACAUUAUACUUUCCCCUUUUUCUUCACAGUAUUAGAGAGUAAAAUGAAAAAUUGUGCGCUCUCUGGUUUUAAUUUCUAAUUAUUCUUUUGAGAAUUUUUUAAAAAUUUAAAUUACCAUCAUAGCCCUUUUAACAAUAAAACCAGCAUUUGUUCUCUCACCAAACCCCAUGCCAGAUUCAUCAUAAAGGAAGCUCAGCAUAAGUAAUUCAGAUAGUGCUUAUAAUUUUGGAAGUGGGGGGUGGGGGGGGAGCUGAUUUAGUAAAUAUUCCAACCGGUCGUUUUAUGCACAAGGCUUCAGUCAGAACAUAGAAAAAAAAACAUUCUGUGAAUGAAAUAUUGUAUGUUCAGAUUUUAUAAAAGACAUUUUUAAAAGCCCAAUUUACAGCCGUAUAUUUUCUUAUGAUGUAAUUUAUGAAAAAGAUGUCUGUACUAACAGGUGCUGUAACACUACUGUUGUUGGAUUUUGUUGUUUGGUGAUAAAUGUAUACAAUAUUUCUAAGGGAAACUAUGUACUGUGAUGUAAAAGUCUGGGCAAAAUGUAUAUAAUCCUUGUAUAUAAUUGUGUAUUUGAUUAUAAUUACUGAUUGUAAAGAUUUAAUAAAAUAUGUAAAUAUUC